AGGCUAACGAGUAGAGAUUUUUGUCUUUGAUGUAGCACGACAGACGUACGAACUUGUGAACAUUGAACAAACUAAGAGCAACACUCUAAGUCGUCGAAAGAAGGACAUUGCAGCAGUACAACGAUAACGAAUACGAACAACAAGAUGGUGAAGAAAGGAGCUCUGAAAAAGAAAAACCGCGGCAAAAUCGCGAAGGAUGUGAAAAAAUUGAGCAAGAACAAGAAGAAAACUAGGGCUGCAUCGGAUGAUGAUGUUGCGCAGGACGAGGGAGAGCAUACAGAUGCAACUGCAAGUAAAACCACAGGAGAAACAACAAGCACACCGAGUUGUACUACCUCACGACCACAGCCGACUUCUGGGCGGACCCCAUCAUCGUCCACCUCUGCGAAACCCUCGACCAAAGGGCAAAAACUUAAACUAUACGAAGUGGGCGACUUGAUCCUGGUUGUGGGCGACGGCGACCUCAGUUUUUCGACGUCCCUACUGAAAAAAUUCGGAGCUGGGAACGUUUUCCUCCAACCUACCGUGUACGACUCGCGGAAGGAACUGACGAAAAAGUACCCGGACACUGUGCCCAACUUGUUGAAGCAGCUUUCGUCUAAUUUUAAAGCGGUUCCCCGGUACAACGUCGAUGCCCGGGCCCUGCUGGAAACGGGAGACAAGAAGUGGGAGGAGUUUUUCACGAAAAUCGUCUUCAACUUCCCGCACUGUGGCGAGGAAGCUGUUGAGAAGACGCUGGCGGAGCAGGACGCUAGUACAACCGCACAGCCCGCAGCUGGUGGUUGUAAAAACAGUAUUGAGCAGCACCAGGAGCUGCUACUUGACUUUCUCAAGUCGGCCGCUAAGUGCUUGGACCAAAACGGCGAGAUCCACAUAGCGGUGAAGCGCGGAGAGCCGUACAAGCACUGGAAGGUCGCGAGCCUGGGCAAAGUGGCGAAUUUGCGGCUUGACCGCCAAGUGCCGUUUGUGCCGUUGCAAGGGUACCACCACCGGCGAACAAACGGCUUGCAGUACGAAAAGGGACGAGGGUUCAACAGUGAGAACAUUCAAAACAACGCGCAAGUGUACGUAUUUCAAAAGCGACAGGGAGAGGCAGGAGCUGAAAGUGCAGGCCUGCAUGAGGACGUGUAGACCUCCAGCUAUUCUCGGAAUGAUGAUUGAGCAGAACCUCUAGUAGAAGUAACGAAAAAAAAGAAAGCGACAGAACGGAAAAUUGCAAAACACAUGGAUGGUUUUUGAUGCUUC